AUGAUUCGGAGAAUCGCAUCCGACCUCUUUUCCCUCUCUCCUCCUCCUUCGAAGAGGGGACGUCCUUCCCCUCCCGCCUGCCCUCGGAAAGGACCCCGUAGUCCCACGGGCCCCCGGCGUCGAGUGGGUCGGGAGGUGUCGUGGGUCACCAGUGAGUUGCCGCCGAUUUCGCGGCUCUUGCCGGGAAGCGGCCGCCUCCUCCCCGCAGGGACGUGCCCGGCGAACAACGGACGAACCUGCCGGAGGCCAGCCCCAAGGACGUGCAAUAGCAACGCGGACUGCGCGCAAGGUGGCGUCUGCUGUCAGGGGUGCGGGACGAACAAGGUCUGCAUGAGAGCCGUUUUGACCUGCAGCGACACGACCUGCGCCAGCGGCCGGACUUGCGCGAUGGUCCACCCGAUCUGCGAUCAUUUCAACGCCCCCUGCUACUUCAAGCCAACCUGCCUCCCUGCAGGUAGGCAGUCAGCCGCCGCCGGGUCAUCCGCCCGGACGGUCCUCGGGACCCUCAGCGAGGGAUUUCGCUUAAUCUCGUUUCUCCGCAGGACGCUCCGACCUCCUUCUCCUCUCAACCUUCCAUUCGGCGACGCGACGAGCGACAUGUCGGCCGGGGGUGACUUGUCGGCCGGGGAUGACAUGUCGGCCGGGGGUGACUUGCAUCUCCGCCCCGUCCCCGAUUGCAUCGCUGUUUCUCCGCACAAAAAAGCUUAA